UGGAGACAGGCUUCUCACUAUGUUGCUGAGGCUGGUCUUGAACUCCUGGGCUCAAGCGAUCCUCCUACCUCAGUCUCCUGAGUAGCUGGGUCUACAGGUGCAUGCCACUGCCCCUGGUUCCCAGUCCACCACAGCUCUGGGAGUGGCGGGAAGGCUGUGCCUGGGCAGGGGGGCAGCAGAAAUGCCUGCAGGAGUCAGCAGUAGCUGUGCUUUGCAGGCCUGUGGGCCUGGGGGAGUGGUGAGGAUUGAUCCCGAGGGCAUUGUGGAACUGAGGAAAAGGUUUCACUCAUCCGCCACCAUUUACUGAGCACCUCCUAUGUGCCAGCAUUGCAUCAGUACUGGGAAUGCAACAGUGUACUUGUCAAAGUCUCCAUCCUCAUGGGGCUGAGGGACACCCACCUGAGACGUGAAUAAGCAAGGAGCUGGUAGAGGGGAGGUGCUAGGCAGCGAAUUCAAAUCAGGUGACGACUGGGUGCUUCUUUAGAUGCAGGUGGCCUCCGGGAGGGCCUGUGAGCUGAUCCCAGUUUGGCAAGGUGAGGCAGUCAUGUGGGGUGGGAGGAGAAGGAACAGCCCUCCAGGUGGAGGGAACCACAGUGCAAAGGUCUGAAGGGAGGACAGAGCUUGGUGAGGUGCAGGGACAAGCCUCACGGAGGCCUGUGUGGCUUGGCAGAGUGAGGAAGCAGGGAGGAGACCAGACCAGGGCUGUGGGCCUGGUAGGGCCUGUCACUGGGAGCCUUGUGGACUGUCUGAGAAGGAGCUUGGAGUUGCAGGAGGAGCAGCCUGGUCAGAUUUAGCGUGUUAGCCGGUGACACACGAGAGAGUCACAGGCUCCUGCCUGGGGAUGUGGGGAGAUUUGACUGAGCCGAGCGGGGUGUUUCACAGGCCUCCCACUUCCCCUCAAGUAGCAUCACUGCCUUGGAGCCAGCAAAGGCCCGAGGGUUGCCUCCCUCUCUGUGGUUUUCACACCGUGUUCCCUAGAGCCCGUGGCUGUUACUUUUAGGGACAGAGGCGAGGAGGCUCAGUGGGACGAUUUUUCUACCCGUCCCUCCCCACCCCAACCAACUGGACCAAUACUGAAUAGCAACGCAGAGCAGCAGUCCACAUCUGAUACAGACAGCACCCGCUGACCCUGCUUCCACUCCGCUGUGGGCCUGCAGGCCUGCACCAUUCCCGGUGCUCUUCUGGAAUUGGAAAGGCCAGGCCUUGUGACUGGCACCCAGCAGACGUGUCUCUGGUGGGCAUCAGGUGUGGUUGAUGUUAUGAAGGCAAAAUAAAUGAGGGCCAGGUGAGAGUGUGGCCCUGUUUCUCCACUGUAGCUGGGUGAUCAGGGAGGACCUCCCUGAGAAGGUGACUUGUGGGCAGGGACUGAUGGAGUGCUGUGAGGGAGCCAUGGGAAGAUCUGGGUGAAGACCCGUUAGACCCAGGAGGAUUCUUCUUUGAUUCCUGCUUUACGGUGGUGAGGCCUGGAGAGCCUCUAGCUUGUGCUGGGUCCCCCAACCAGGAAGUGUUGGGGACAGGCUAUGAAUCUGGGCCUCCAGAGAUUCCCCCAGCACAGCUCGGUAGCCCCUGGUGCGUGUGACUUCUGAUCCCACCCGUGGGCUCAUCCCUAAGGCUUAUCUUCAUUUUUAAAUUUUUUUUGUGGAGCUGGGAGACUCACUAUGUGGCUCAGGCUGGUCUUACUUAUCUUGCAGGAGCAGGUGCCCUGGCGUUUGUUUUUUGAGGUGCGUUCCAGGGUAUCUUCCUAGAAGGAGCAGAACCCCUCAGAACAAACCUCUAGGGUCUCCAGAAGCCCCCUGGGAUGGGUUGGGAUGGAAAAGAAUGUCUUUCAGACUUGAGCUCCAAGCCCUUGGAGGGCCCAGGAACACCCCUUCCUGGGCCUCUCUUCAGCUUCCCAGAGCUCUCAGCAGAAGGCCCUCGACCACAGGCCUCCGGGCCGCACGGUGGGGUGGUUCCAUGGCAGGCUCUUCUGGACAGCCAGCCAAGCAGCGAGAGGCCCAGCUAGGGGAGACAGCCUGGGAGCGGGACCAGGAGGGAGGGAGCGCGUGUGGGAGGGGUGCUGGGUGGGAGCGCAGCCUGGCCCCCUUGGGGCAGGACCCACUGCCAACUCGGCACCCACAGCAGGGCCCGGGUGCUCCGAGUGUGCCCAGCAAGAGACAGCAAGCCGGGCCAGCCAAGAGGACAAUGGAUGUCAGAGGUCUCUGCAGGAGUUUCCCCAGCCCAGCUGUCCUGCUGGAGAAGCUCGUCCGCAGAUGUUUCUAAGGACUGUGCCCUGUCUACGGCGCCUCCUGCAUGUCCUGCUGCCCUGAGCUGUCCCGAGCUAGGUGACAGCGUGCCACGCUGCCACCAUGAACGAGGUGUCUGUCAUCAAAGAAGGCUGGCUCCACAAGCGCGGUGAAUACAUCAAGACCUGGAGGCCACGGUACUUCCUGCUGAAGAGUGAUGGCUCCUUCAUUGGGUACAAGGAGAGGCCCGAGGCCCCUGAUCAGACCCUGCCCCCCUUAAACAACUUCUCUGUAGCAGAAUGCCAGCUGAUGAAGACUGAGAGGCCGAGGCCCAACACCUUCGUCAUACGCUGCCUGCAGUGGACCACAGUCAUUGAGAGGACCUUCCAUGUGGAUUCUCCAGAUGAGAGGGAGGAGUGGAUGCGGGCCAUCCAGAUGGUCGCCAACAGCCUCAAGCAGCGGGCCCUGGGCGAGGACCCCAUGGACUACAAGUGUGGCUCCCCCAGUGACUCCUCUGUGGCCGAGGAGAUGGAAGUGGCGGUCAGCAAGGCACGGGCCAAAGUGACCAUGAAUGACUUCGACUAUCUCAAACUCCUUGGCAAGGGAACCUUUGGCAAAGUCAUCCUGGUGCGGGAGAAGGCCACUGGCCGCUACUACGCCAUGAAGAUCCUGCGGAAGGAAGUCAUCAUUGCCAAGGAUGAAGUCGCUCACACGGUCACCGAGAGCCGGGUCCUCCAGAACACCAGACACCCGUUCCUUACUGCGCUGAAGUACGCUUUCCAGACCCACGACCGCCUGUGCUUCGUGAUGGAGUACGCCAAUGGUGGCGAGCUGUUCUUCCACCUGUCCCGGGAACGUGUCUUCACAGAGGAGCGGGCCCGGUUUUAUGGUGCAGAGAUCGUCUCGGCUCUUGAGUACUUGCACUCUCGGGACGUGGUGUACCGCGACAUCAAGCUGGAAAACCUCAUGCUGGACAAAGAUGGCCACAUCAAGAUCACUGACUUUGGCCUCUGCAAAGAAGGCAUCAGCGACGGGGCCACCAUGAAAACUUUCUGUGGGACUCCGGAGUACCUGGCGCCUGAGGUGCUGGAGGACAACGACUAUGGCCGGGCAGUGGACUGGUGGGGGCUGGGCGUGGUCAUGUACGAGAUGAUGUGUGGCCGCCUGCCCUUCUACAACCAGGACCACGAGCGCCUCUUCGAGCUCAUCCUCAUGGAGGAGAUCCGCUUCCCGCGCACGCUCAGCCCUGAGGCCAAGUCCCUGCUUGCCGGGCUGCUUAAGAAGGACCCCAAGCAGAGGCUUGGUGGGGGGCCCAGCGAUGCCCAGGAGGUCAUGGAGCACAGGUUCUUCCUCAGCAUCAACUGGCAGGACGUGGUCCAGAAGAAGCUCCUGCCACCCUUCAAACCUCAGGUCACGUCUGAGGUCGACACACGGUACUUCGAUGAUGAAUUCACCGCCCAGUCCAUCACAAUCACACCCCCUGACCGCUAUGACAGCCUGGGCUCCCUGGAGCUGGACCAGCGGACCCACUUCCCCCAGUUCUCUUACUCGGCCAGCAUCCGGGAGUGAGCAGCCCGCCCACGCAGAGGAUGCACCCACGCUGCCGUCACCACUGGGUGGCUUUUUUCCAACUUUAUACUUUGCCUUUUUGGUUUGUGUCCCCACCCCUACCUCCUCACCUGCUUUCCAGUUCUUCUUCAGGCCCCUCCGGGACGCACCCCAGCGGCCCCUGCGGUCCCUGCUUCCAGCCUCACAUUUGUGCCUGGACUCGCAUUUGGGAGACUCCAUCUCCCGCCCAGGCCCAGGCUGUUGGGCGGCUGCAGAGAUUCAGGUUUUAAACCACACAAGCCCCAGUGAGGGGUGAAGCAUGGCACCCACCGGGGGCCUGCUUCUGGCCCGGGUGUUGCGCCGGUGGCUGCCUCCGUGCUGCUCCUUCCAGACGAAGACUGCCUUCUGGUGUGACGCGACACCCGGCAGACAGUGGUGCUGCCUUCCAGGCCCCGCGGCCUAGGCUCGGAAUGCCCAGGCGCGGGUCCAACCCCCUACCCGCUGUCCUCCCAUGGGGGCAGAAAAGCAAUAAUACCCAGGGACGGGCAGGGGCCCUGGGGAGCUGCAGGGUUGGGAGUUAGGGCUGCUCCUUGGUGAAUAGAGCCAGGUCCUAGGAUCUGUGCCGUGGGAAACCAGGAGGGGCCGGGCUGGGUGCUGCCUCCUGGCCCUGCUUCCUCCCCACCAAGCUGCCAUCCUUACCCUGUGGAUGAGGCAGGAGGAACACUUGGGGGCAAACCUGCCUGCCCCCAGCCCCGUGCCUUACCAGGGCUUCCUUCCAGCUGGCCUUUCCUCCUGCUGGACCCCGGGCCUGGCCUGGCCCGGCCUGGCCCCACCCCACUGGGGCUGGGCUCACCCCCUUCUCUGUGGGGGGCGGAGGGGCACCAGCCUCGGCUGUUACAAUCUUACACCAGACAGUAUUGGGCCCCAUGGACUUGGUCAGGGAGGGGUGGGAGUGGGUGUCUCUGGUACCUGCUGGGGUUGGGGGGCCUCUGAGAAGGGAGGCUCCUAGGCCCUGUCUUCCUUCCCCCUCCCCAGGGCCCCACGUUUUGCAGCCUUAAGGUUGAACAUGAGUGCACGUCCAUGUCAGUGCUGUGGGAUCCCUGUGCGUGCUUCAGACUGCGUGUGUCAGUGUGACUCAGGCACACGUGGGUGUGUGUGCAUGUGUGUGGGUGUGUGCGUAUGUGUGUUGGUGUGUGUGAGGGCAGUAUGUCCUCCCGUGUGCAUGGUGUGUGGGCUUGGGCCCCAUCCCUGGCCCAAGCAUUUCAUCCUGUGGGGCAGGGUUGCUGACCUAGUGGGAGCCCAGCCACUGGGAUCCAGUCGCUGCCCCGCCCACGCCUCCCCUCCCCGCAGCAACACCUCCCCGCAGCAACACCUCUGGGUGUUUGGAGUUGAGCUUUUGUGGGUUUGAUUUCCCUACCCCACCUCCUGUACUAUGCAGUUCCUGGCAGGGUGGGGAGGGGUGGGUUUGGGCGGGUGGGGGUCUUUCUUUCUUUUGCGCCGAUGUCGUUUAUCUGACAGUUCUCCGUCCCUACUGGCUUUUCUCCUCGUCUUCAUAUUUGUACGGUACAAGCAAUAAAGACACUCAUUUCAGACCAGGGCCCCGCCUGCACUCACGCCGGCCCAACCACCCUGGUCUUGGCUUUGGUGAUGGAGUCCGGCCCCUGUGCCCCAGCUCAUCUUGUACCAGCCACUUCCUUCAGCAAGGGAGGGGGGCUGAGCAGGGGCGUGGAGGUGAGAAUGAGCUCAGGGCGAGGGCAGCUGGGGUGUGUGCUGGAGCUCUGGGUGGAGCUGGGGCUGUGGGGUUGAGGGGUGUGGGGGUGGGGUAGACAGAGACCACUCCAGGUCCUCGGUGCUGCUUAGGCUAAGAGGCGGGGUGGAGGAACAGGGAUGGAAGAUCUGGGUGGCCUAGAAUGAGGAGGGUGCCUGUGGUGUCACUGAGUGAAGGAAUGGUUCAUUCCACAGGCCCCCGAGCCUUAGAGUGGGGCAUUCCUGUCCAGCCACACCUCCCCAUUUAUGCUGCCCCCGGAAGCCUUGAGGCCCCCAAAUUCCAGUACAGACCCAGUGGUGUGUUGACGGUGGUGUGGUUGCUGUCGCCUGGGAGCUCCAGAGCAUUUGGUUAGGGCCCGCUCAGCUUGGAGUCAGUCCUCCACCAGGCCCUGCCCUUUAGCCUGGCUGUGUCUGGGCCCCUGCACUUAACAUGCUUGAGUCCCGUGGCUGCCUGGCCGGAGCUCGCUGGGUGGAACACCUCCCCCGGCCGAGGACCAGGGACCAGAGCCCUGCCCUGCCGAGCCCUGCGGUGGAGAGAGGGCCUGGCACAAAUGAAUUUGAGAUUUGGCCACAACGUGUUAGCACUUCAUACCCAUUGGAAUCUGAGAUUUGGAGUGAAUUUAAGCAGAAAAGUCAGAUCCAAUUUUCAGAAGUCAGAGUUAGCUACAGCUAGGACUUUUAGUUUGUCUUUCUAAAGUCACGUGGAUCUUAAUUUAAUUACAAAAGUCUACCCUGGUGGUGUAAGAUAGGCCGACCUGUAAAGGCCUUUUCCCCUUCCGUCUCAUCGCAGCCCCCUGAGGUGACCCACCUUGCUCCUCACCCACAUCCCCGUGAGGCGGGUCUCCUCGUGAGCACAGGCCUGGCUACCUCAUUCUUUUAGCGGCUCUCGUCCUCUGCAGGAUGGGGUCCCACAGCAGCUGGCCCUGUAGUUGAGCCUGCGUGCUUAUCCUGUAGAGCUUUUCUCAAGGAGGCUGUUUGACAUCUCAAUAAAACAUUUGGAGUAGAAUAAUCUUUUGCAAUGUACAUUUUAAAAACUUCACAAGUUCUUUUUUGUACGUAAAGAACGGUAGACUGGGCACAGUGGCUCACGCCUGUAAUCCCAGCACUUUGGGAGGCCAAGGCGCGUGGAUCUCAUGAGGCCAGGGGUUCAAGACCAGCCUGGGCAACAUAGGGAGGCCUUUGUCUCUACAAAGAAUACAAAAAUUAGCUGGGAAUGGUGGUGCAGAUUUGUGAUCCCAGCUAACUUGGAAGGCUGAGGUGGGAAGGUCACUGGAGCCCAGGAGUUUGAAGCUGCAGUGAGCUGUGGCUGUGGCACUGCACUCCAGCCCGGGACAGUGAGACUGUGUCUCUAAAAAGAAAAAAAAAAUGAUAUAUGUCAUUUAAAAUAACACAGCAAAGCAGGUGUAAAAGUCAGAUUCACUGGAGGUCUCCGGGCCUUGAGUACUCAUUUUGGUGCUGAUUACCUCUGUGCAAAAUGGACAGGGUAUCAUCGAUCGGUAGUUUCCUCCUCUUUUUGCAUAAUCUUUUCCAGUUAAUGCAAAGUGUCUGGGGGCUGCCCCGCGUGCAGUGAUGGCCAUGUUGAGUCAGGGGUAGCAGUGCGAUUCCCUUUUAGCUGCUGCAUUUGGGGAACUCAGGCUAUCCAGCUGCUUCCCCCAUGGGGUGGGACACUUCAGCCGAUUCAGCGCCCCGUUGACAGGGAUUCACUUGGUUUUGUUUGUCUGGUGCUCACAGCAGUCCUGUAAUAAACCUUAGCGAGCCGUCUG